AUGGCCGCGACCAAAGUCUUCAACAUCGGCGAGCUCGCAGAGGCAAUUCUCAUCCAGCUGCCGACCCAAGACCUCUUACUCGCUCAAAGAGUCUCAAAGGCCUUCAAGCACACAAUCGACUCUUCCACACGAAUCCAGAAAGCACUCUUCUUCCUGCCAGGGGAUCGCACCGACCCAAAUGUACCCGAAAAAUUCACAACAAGUGGCGAAAGCGCGUCCUCGAUAAUCCACGGUGUCGCUCAUCUCCAGCCCUCGAUGGAAAAUACUGGUAUCACCAUCAACCCACUCCUUGUCAGAUCCAUCAUGCGCAUGCAGGACCUCGCUUGCUGGCCUCACACAGAAGGUUGCGGCCAAUUCCCCAACAUGCUCAAGACUCGACUCACCAAGUCCGCGCCCGAAGCUUCGUGUCGACGCAUGUUUGUGAGCCAGCCACCGAUGGAGUUCCAAACCACUUCUAUAGAUCUGCGCUGGCCCGGCGAGAUUUCUUUCUACGAGUACCGAGGUCCUCCCGACAGGAAUAAAGAUCCUAUGGGGUUUGGAGGGGGUCGGACGUUUGGUCAGUUAUUGCAGGCUAUGCAGGCUUGUGUCAAUAAGAGGUAUCCGACGAAGGAGAUUGUGCUGUCGAUGGCGAGGUGGCCGUUCUGUCUCGCUCCUGCUGAGAGGUUCGAAGAUCCGAAUGUUACAAAUUUUGGUUAUCAGGAUCUCGAUACAUCGGGGUCAGGAACGAACAAUUCUGGUGGGAGACUAGACUGGGAGUCACUACAUACAUACCAUGAAGCCGUCAAGCAGGAAAUGACUGCAUAUGACUACACAGAGUAAAUGCAAUUCACAACUAUAAACACAUCUGUCUGGGUUUCACCACACCCAGCUUGAGGCUUCUUCAUCGUAAGGACCGUCAUGAAGCAUAUGAUGAUAUCUCUUCCACCCAAAAACCAAACGCAACAUCCAUGGUAUUCCAGCCGACCUUAGUUAUCACCAGCCCGUAGUAUUUGAUCGGAAUGCAAAGUUUUUCUGAAUCCUUCCGUUUCAAGUCAUUAUUAAUCCAUUACGUGUCUGUACAUUCGCGAAAAGCAUUUCAAGCCAGGAGAGCGGCGAUGAUAGCAAUAGCACCAACUCCGCUGAUCGAGUUCUUAGUGCCAGUGCCAGUGUAAGGCACAACUGAGUUUGUGGGCUGAGCAGGAACAUAUGUAGUUCCAAAGCCCGAGGGGCUGCCGCCGACAGCUCCAACGGGGCCGGGUGCUGAGCUCGUGGUUGGAUAUGGCGCCGGCGCGGAGGCAGUGGCUGGCGUGGUUGGGCCAGCUACACUGCUUCCAGCCGAAUCUGGUGUGCCGUAUCCCAGGCCGGGAACCGCCUGUGCGGUGCCGCUUUGAGUGAUCGUAUAAGUCGUGAUCUGCACUUGAGGCACAGUGACUGUGGUUACGAGUGAAGCCGAAGAGUAUGUGAUGGUAGUGCAGGGAACUGCUGGCGGCGAUGUCACUGCUGCUGAGGAGAUCGGCGAGCCUUCAGUACUGCUCGGCGCUGACUCGACAGGAGGUACGGUUGUAGCAAUGGCGUAAGUUGAGGUCUGUACGGUUGCCGGGCAGUUUGUG